GCUUUACGGUAGGAUCAUAAAGCUGGGAAGGAGGCGGCGGGCGGCGCCAUGGACCGGAGGAAGAAGCCGCUGGAGGUGGCCGCCUCCUCGUUGGUAGAUCUCAAAGCAGAACUCUUCCGAAAGCAAGAGGAAUUCAAAAAAGAAAAGCUCCUGAAAGAUGCUGGUGCCUUCACAAAGCCCAAGACUUCUAAUAAGAAACCAAGCAUCUGGAACAAACAAAACACAGGAGUUGCAAAUCGAGCUGAGAAAGAUGUUGAGCAGAAGAAGGAAGAGGAGCAUAUACUGGAUACAUCAAGGACUAAGGAGAAAGCAAAGCUGUAUGAGAAAAUGAGCAAAGGCAACCUUCCAGAUGAAGAAACGGAGGAUUUGUACCUAGUGGAUUUCACUCAGAAGAUCAUAGACAAACAGCACGAGGUGCAGGAGCUGUAUCAGAGCGACGCUGCUAGAAAGACUUUAGAAAAAGACACAGAUGAUGAGGAUGCUCAACCUGAAAUGGAAAUACCACCACCUGAGGACCCAGAUGAAGAAUGGGUUGAUUAUGUUGAUUUCUUGGGCCGAUCUAGACGCUGUAUGAAGAAGGAUCUGCCAGGUCUACUUAAAAUGGAUCAGGAACUUCAAGGGAAAAGACUAGUUCCUGAUGGGAAUACUCUCUUAUCUGAAGACAUGAAAAGAGAACUUCAGAGGCAGCAGUGGGAAAAAGAAGAAGAAGAAGCCCUCAGAAAACCCAUGGGACCCAUACAUUAUGAGGACAUUAGAGAAAAUGAGGCCAGGCAGCUUGGUGUUGGGUACUUUGCCUUUUCUCGUGACCAAGAACUUAGGCAUAAACAACGAGCAACGCUGGAUAUGCUCAGAGAGCAGACACUUGAUCAGAGAACUAAACGUGAACAGUUGAAGGAGAAAAGGAAGGCAGCUCUGGAUGCAAGGCUGUCUAAACUGCGAGCACGGAAGAUUAAAAAGUUAAGGGAAGCUGGAUUAGAGGAAGAGGCGUUGAAACUGGAGAAUGGAGAAGUGAAAGCUGCUACUGAUGAACCAGAAGCUCCAAGAGUUCCUGCAGCAAGUAGAAAGGUAGAGGUUGUCAUCCAGGAGAGAAGAGAUACAAAGCCUGGCGUGCCUUACGUCCGAGAGUGGGAUAAAGGCAAAGAAUUGAUGUUUGGACAGUGGUUGAAGAAACAGGAAGAACUCAGAGAUGAGCGAGACCCAGAAUUUGCACCACCUUCUGAGUACUUCGUGGGACCAAAGAAAGGUGGUGAUUACAGAAGUCGGAAUUCAAAACAGAAUGAAACCUCCUCUGAAAAACUGGAACCAGAGACAGCACAAAACCCAAGGAUGCCAUCAGUGCAGGCCAAUGGCGGCAGCGCUGGGGAAGGGCCACCAUCCACGCAGGCUUACAACAGCAGUGUUCGACAUGAGUCGGCAUCAGCAGCGCCCUGUGGCAGUAACACUCAAGCUGUGCCAUCAUCAUCGGAGGACGACAGCAGCGAUGAUGAGGAUAUGCCACCAUCAGCACAGGCUUAUGGUUAUGGUGCUCGAGGUGUGCCACCGCCAAUGCAGGCUUAUGGCUAUGGUGCUCCACAUAUGCUGUCAUCAGUGCAGGCUUAUGGCUAUGGCACUCAUGAUGUGCCAUUUCCAAUGCAGCAUUAUGGCUACGGCGCUCCAGGCAUGCUGCCACCAAUGCAGCCUUAUGGCUACGGCACUCACAACAUGCCAUUCCCAAUGCAGGCCUAUGGCUAUGGCACCCAGGAGGCACCUCCAGGAAUGCAGCCUUGUGGUUGCAGCAGCCAGGAUGCACCUCCAGGAGUGCAGCCCUAUGCUUGCAGUGCCCAAGAUGUGCCUCCAGGAGUGGAGCCCUGUGGGUACAGUGACCAGGAUGCACCUCCAGGGGUGCAACCCUGCAGCCACAGUGAGCAGGAUGCACCUCCAGGGGUGCAGCCCUCCAGCCACAGUGAGCAGGAUGCACCUCCAGGGGUGCAGCCCUCUAGCCACAGUGACCAGGAUGCACCUCCAGGGGUGCAGCCCUCCAGCCACAGUGACCAGGAUGCACCUCCAGGGGUGCAGCCCUCCAGCCACAGUGACCAGGAUGCACCUCCAGGGGUGCAGCCCUCCAGCCACAGUGACCAGGAUGCGGCACCUUCAGCGCAGCCCAAAAGCAGUGAUGCUCAAAAUCGGGAGCCACUUUACCAAAGUCUAGAUGCUAUGCUGUCAUAUUACAGACAAGUGACUUGAACUGAGCAAAACACUAAGCAAGAGUUGUGAUGUAAAGAACUGAAACAGAAUUACCUUCUGGGCAGGAAUACUAUUUUCCUGCAUCUGGGAAAAGUAAGUUGCUGUAAGUAGACCAAAAUAAACCUGGAGACCUAAGCUAGUUUACAUCACAGCUGAAUUCUGCCCUCCUGGUGGUUCUUCUUACUAAAAUUACGUGAUUUUUUUUUUUUGUGCAGUAGUCAAGUUUAGUACAUAUUUAAUUUUAACUCUUUGCCAUUUACACAGGAACUUUGCAGUAUAUUAAUGGCUUUCUUUCAAAAGAUGAACUCUUCCUUUACUCUGUCGCUCCCCAGCUAGCUUCUGCUCUGAAGGUACCGUGUGUUCAGUGCUAUAUGUAGAAACAGUAUUGAAAGGGCAGGCUCUCUGCUGCUAAAUACAGGAUGGUUUUAGGAAACUUGUUAUCUGAGUCUCCUGCCUUUAGGAAGUGCAGAAUAUUAUCAAGUGAACAGCGGUGUUUUGUACAGUCUUAAUGGCUUCUGCAUUCCUGAGGUCUGUGUAUAACUCGUAAUUCUGUGGAGCAAAUUGGAGCUGAGAGAGGCAUUGCAGAGAUCAAUAACUAAUGAUGGUUAGAAUAUGAAUAAACGCUUCACUAAGGCA